CAACCCAAAAUGCAAUCAUGGCGCACGGGGUACUGUGUUUUUAGAAUGCUGAGAAGUUUUUACGUAAACACUUCAUUAUUUUGCUUUGUAAUCCAUUUAAGUGUUUUUAUAAAUUAUCCGUAACUAUUGAAGAUUGUAGUACUGCAUACAUGUGUGUCCCAAACUUCAAGUUUACGUUCAUUCGCAAUCUCAUCUCUGUACUACUAGACACUUGCAGAUAACUUUGUUGGUGUCAUAAUGUCAGAGGCGUACGCCCGUGAGAUACUGCGAAGGAAUGUUGCGCAAAUAUGCCAAACUAUUGGUUGGAAUGGUAUAAACUCACAACCACUGGAUAUUCUGAUGCAUGUGCUUGAAAAGUACAUCCAUACACUUGGGACACAAGCCAACAGAUAUGCUGAGCAAUUUAAUAGGACUGAACCAAAUUUACAUGACCUAGGAUUAGUAUUUCGUGAUCUAAACGUACAUUUGCCCGAAUUAGCAGAGUAUACGCGCAGUGUUCCACCUGUGCCACCACCAGUCCCUGUUGAGAAAUUCCCGAGACCAAAAGAUUCUAAUUUGAAUUUUUUGAAACCUGGCAGCCAUGAAGUCGUCACUAGGCCAAUGCAUGUUCAUGAACAUCUUCCUCCCAUGUACCCUGAAAAAGAACGAGAUACCCCUAUUGUCGCAGACACCAUUGAAAUCCGUCAAAAUGGUAUUGACACAGUUGAAACUUCUAGUACAACAUGCACCAGCCCGGAAAUAUCAGUCACAGAUAGUCCAAAGAAGUCUAAAGAUAUUUUCAAAAGACCAAUUGACCCUGUCUCAUUACCUAACAGUAAAAGGCCAAGAUUACGGAUGGAUGAGGAAGAGCGGACAAGAGAAAUCAGCAGUGUCAUGAUGACUAUGUCAGGCUUCCUAUCCCCAGCUAGAGAAGGUAAACUUCCAGAAGCCAGGCCUCCCACUGUUAUUUCAGAGAAACACUAUGACAAAAAUAAAACAAACUCACAUCAUUCAAAUAUUGCAAAACCACCAACACUGGAAAAAGCUGAUAAAAAGUCUAAGAAAAAUAAACAGUUAAAUGGAAAAAUUAUGAAAAGUAAAAGGAAAGACAAGACUCAUAAAGGUGAGAGUAGUAAAACUAGAGAUAGUAGUAAAUCAGAUAAAUAUCCUCCUGGAUACCCAAUCAAAAGUAAAGAUGUCCAUCCAACACAUCAUAAUCAUGUGACAAUGCCAGCGCCGAGAGUGGCACUGCCUCAUAAGCCACCUCCUCUGCUGCACAGUCCAAGUCCCAGCCCAAGCCCUAGCCCAAGACUGUUGCUGCCACCACCAAUGCCUGCCCCUGUUGUGGAGCCUGUCCGACCAGUCAUAAAAGAGGAACCAAUUGACAUUCCUCCGCCACCACCACCAGUAGUCAACAAACAUUUCGUAGCAGGUGAAGAGGCAAUUCCAGUACCAAGGAAAAUACCCAUUCAUAAAUCACCCCUUGUUUCAAGUUCUAUGCCAACCCACAAACAGCCAAUAUCAAAUACUUUCUUACGUGAUGUAGACAUUAAAAAAGAAGUCAUUGAUGAGGAAGAAAAAUUGGCUUCCCAACCUGACAGAUCAAAAACCAAUAUUUUUAAAAGAAUAUCGAACAAAUCUAAAGAAGAUAAAAACGCUCCAGAGGUUGUUACUGAUAAAACACAGUCUGAAAGUAUGAUCUCAAAGGUGCAGAAUUCUGCACAUGAUAACCCAAGUGAAAGUGUUAUCCAUGAAAAUGUUAGGGUUAAAUCUGAAAAUGCAAUUGUGAACAAUAAUGAUAGUAGUGCAUUAGAUUUGUCUAAAGAUAUGGACCUUAGAGCUAAUGAAGUGAUUAGCAUUGAUGAUGAUUCAAUGGAAGCAAGUCCAAUGGGUCACAGAUUUACACCUCUAGAUCUGCGUCCAGGUUUAUCAAUUAAUAAAUCCCUUCAAGCACCAUAUCCCAAAGAUGUAGCUAGUGUCAGUCCUAAAAUUAAUAAAAAGGAAAAGAAACACAAAGAAAAAAAAGAUAAGGCUGCUGAAAAAGCAGCAAAACUAGAAGCAAAAUUAAUAAAGAAACAACAACAGCAGUUAGCAUAUGAAAUGGCUAGAGCAGAGAAGCAGAAAAUGAAAUUAAGCAAUAUGAAAUUACCAAAAUCGAGUAGGCCAAAGAAUGAUUCAAAAUUGCCACAAAUGCAUUCUGGGUUUCCAUUCUUUCCAGCAAUGCAUUCAGGUAGGGGCUUGAUGCCUGGCCCAGGGUUAAUACCAAACUCUAACCUCAUACCGGGUGGUGAUUUUCUCGCAUUAGCUAAUAACCCAGCCUUAAGGGGUUUGCCACCCCCAGGAUUACUACAUAACGCAUUUUUAGGUCGCGGAGGUCCAGGUUUAAUUCCUGGACCUGGUUUUCUGCCUGGUGCUCUUGGCCCUGGCAUGAAUCCGCUCAUGCCCUUGGGCAAUUUCCCCCACUCCUCGCGUUCUUCUUCGAGUAAGAUUCCUCCCAUGUUGCGGCGUCCUAGCUUAGAAGUAAUUCCUGUAGACAACGACGAAGAUAGAAGUACGCAUAAGUCUCCAAUGUCUCGUGACAAGGAGAGACACGAUAAGCACAAGUCACCAACCAUUCCAAAUAUUCUUCAGAAACAUAAAACAAAAUCACAUAAAGAACACAAGUCUAAUAUGUAUAAAAUGCCCCCUAUACAACCUGAUAUUACGAUAGAGCUAAAUCCUCCUAAAGUAGAUCCGGUGAGGCAAGAGCCGCCGAGAGAGCCCCCACCGCCUGCGCGAGUUGCCUCACCCGUGCCGGCACCGGCGCCGCCGCUGGAGCCAGAGCCGCGGCCGCGGCCAAGACCAAUAGAAACACCAUGCAGUGUUGUUCCUGAGGUUUCGCAAGAACGAACCUUUGAGAAAUCGGAAAAGAAAAAGGACAAGUCACAUAAAAAAGAAAAGAAAGAUAAAGAUGGUAUUAAAAUUAAGAAAAAGAAAGAUAAAAAGGACAAAAUAAAGGAUAAAAGCGAAAAGAAAAAGGAUAAAGAGGAGAGACAGGAGGGUAAAGAAAAAAUUAAAAAAGAAAAGAAAAAAGAAAAGACUGCCGACGGCUUGGUACCUAAACUGACUCUAAAGCUCAAUUCAUCUAACUCGAAUUCACCCAUGCCGCCGAGCUCUCCCGACAUUUUCAAACUUAACAUCAAACCGGUGGUUAAAAAGGAGGACGAAGAAAGCUCACCUCUCAAAGAGGAGCCAGUUUCGCGGGAACACAGUCGGUCUCCGGAGCUUGCGCAAAUAUCAGCGCUCGUGACAGGACCACCAAAGCAGAAGCAAUCGAAGCACAACCACCUCAGCGAAGUAGACGGUCCGGGGUCGCCGCCGCCAUCCAGCAGCUCCCCCGCGCGGAAAAAUCGGCCCCCCUCGAGUCACACAAAGUAUAAGCGAAUACUGUUCAAGCCAUUGUCAAAGAAGGGUCAUGAGGAACUCGACGACGAGGGAGCUUCUGCGUCGAAGGAGGCUACGCCUGCUCCGCCGAUGUCGAUAGAUAAGCUGCCUAGCGGGCCGUUACCGACGCCGUUCUACAUGGACGAGCAAGGGAACAAAAUCUGGGUCUGUCCGGCUUGCGGACGACCCGACAAUGGCUCACCAAUGAUAGGCUGCGACGGCUGCGAUGGCUGGUACCACUGGGUGUGCGUGGGCAUCACGGAGGAGCCGGGUGCGACGGAGGACUGGUUCUGCAAGUCGUGCCUUGCGAAACGAGAGGCCAUGGUGCUUGCGGGUGUUGCCUCCGGCAAGAAACGCGGCCGUAAACCGAAAGGAGACAAAAUCAGAGACUGUAAUUGAUACGGACCUUGCAUUGUUACUGAGAUUAGGUAUAAUUUUUUUUCAGUUUGGUAGUAAAUGAGCAAUUGGAAUGUGAAUUGUUAAUGGAUUAUUGUUGAAUGAUAUCAUGAGAAAAAUGUUUUCAUCAUUUAUAAUUUUAAUUGAUAGGAUAGUAUAAGUAUAGAUGAUAAUUGAAAAUUUUAACAUAAAAUGUUGAACAUAAAAAUAGUGUAGUAACUCGUAAUAAUUACCAUAACUUUAAUAUUUUGUUACGAUUUCUCUUAACAGCCGUCUCUCGGAUAAAGCGCCGAGCGGGCGUGUUAUACACUUCUCGCGUGUAAUAAACAUAGAUGAUAAUAUAAGAUUCUUUUUAUAUUGUACAAAAACUGAAUUUACUUAAGAAAUUGGUGAUGUAUAAAGUAUGUAAUGUAGUGAAUAUUUAAAUAAACAGAUAAAGGCUGGAUGUAUUUUCAGUCAAUAUUUGAAUAAUAUUUUCAUAUUAUAAUUUUAAUAUAACCCUGUUUUUUUUUUUGUUAAAGUUGUUCCUCCGAUUUUUAUGUACAGCAUCAUCAGUAAUUAGGUACUUGGAGAGGGAGGCAAUGUAAAUUUUGAUUUUAGCCAGUGGCCAAUUAAAUAUAUUGGUACCCGAAA